GUAGGUUGGCUGGGGAAAAGAGCGCCCGAGCACCUCCGAACCCCCGAGCGCUGCUUCGUCCAAUGUCGUCAUACUGCAACACCAACUAAUGAAACCCCAGUGACAGUUUUGGGUCCAUGGUUUUUCAGGCUGGCCAUCUAGGUUUCUCGGCUUGCGGUGGUGUGCCCCGACAUGUCCGCGUUGCGCAGCUGGCCCAGAUGGUUAACUAAGCUUGGAAGCCUUUCACAUUCUUCCUUUGUCGUAUAACAACGCUGGUAGUUUCUCCUGAUCUUUGAGAACAAGAGUCGCAUGUCGUGAGAACGGUCUUGCGUAACCAGGCAUCCUUUCUCGACAGCAAAAUGGAUAUGGAUCCUCGCAUAGAAGAGGUAGAAGCAGUGGAAACAGUCGAGACCCGUCACCCCUAUCUGUCAGGCAACUUUGCGCCAAUUCAGUCAUGUCUACCAUUGACGCCAUGUUCAUAUGAGGGAACGAUACCACUGGAUCUCGCGGGGGGGCAGUACGUUCGCAAUGGCGGUAAUCCUAUAACAAAUGAUGAUCAGGCCCGAGCUGCGCAUUGGUUCGAUGGCGACGGCAUGCUGAGUGGCGUUUUAUUCCGCCGUGUUGGCGAGAAAGACGCUACGAUUCAGCCGGAGUUUGUGAACCAAUAUCUGUUGACCGACGUUUACUGCCAUGCGAAGAGCAACAAGUACCUGCGCCGACCUGUUGUGCCAAGUAUUGCGACGUUGGUAAAUCCCGCCACGAGUAUGCUUCGCAUCGUAUUCGAGGUCUUUCGCACCGUCUUCUUCGUCAUGAUCUCCCGCCUUCCUGGAUUUGGCCAUCCGAUCAAGAAGAUUAGUGUUGCGAACACCAACGUAAUAUUCCACAACGGACGCGCGCUGGCGACUUGUGAAAGUGGUCCUCCCCUGAGAUUUUCGUUGCCGAGUCUGGAGACCAUUGGCUGGUUCAAUGGGAGGACGGCCGAGAACGAGCCGAUACAGGGCAACGAGAGCGGGUUUGGCGGCACAGGCGUCAAGUCCUUCAUGAGGGAAUGGACGACCGCGCACCCCAGGGUCGACCCGGUGACGAAAGAGCUCAUCACAUUUCAUGCAACGUUCGUCAAGCCGUUCGUUCGUUGCUCCGUUGUACCGCCGACGUCAAAGUCCUUCAGCGGCUGCCAGCCCAUGUUCGACGCGCCAGUUCCUGGAAUCGAAUCGCCAAAGAUGAUGCACGACUUUGGGGUGUCGAGACGUCACACUGUCAUCAUGGACCUUCCUCUCUCUCUGAAUGCGAUGAACCUACUACGGGGGAUUCCUAGUUUGUCGUAUGAUUCCGCUGGCAAGUCGCGCUUUGGAGUGUUCCCGCGACACCGACCAGAUGCCGUUGAGUGGUUCGAGACAAACCCUUGCACAAUUUUUCACACCGCCAACUGCUGGGAUACGAUACUGCCAGACAUUGAUAGCAACAGCCCUGGGGUGUCAGUGAAUCUGGUUGCGUGCCGCCUAACAUCGGCGGCCAUGGUCUUCAGCGCUGGCAACCUACCAACGCCCGAAGUGAAACCUGUGCCUCCAGAGUAUGCGGAAGAGGAGCAGUGUCGGCUAUAUUAUUAUAACUUUCCACUUUCGAACAAGCCUGGCGUCCAAUACAACAUCAAGCACCAGUGGGCUCUGUCCGCCAUUUCCCUUGAGUUCCCGUCCGUCGCUCCGGCAUACUCAAUGCAGGAAGCUCGGUAUGUCUAUGGGUGCUCGACGGGCGAGGCAUCUUAUUCCGUGGCCCUUGGCAAGGCAGCAAAGAUUGACCACUUGGCUAAGUUGGAUGUCCGAACGCUCAUUGCAAGAGGUCUAGCAAAGCCACCCCAGCCUGUUAAGGGGUGUGUAGACAUGCGGAAUGUUCAUCAAAUUCUGACCAGCAAGGACCCGAAAGACCCCAUCAAACUCUUCCGAAUGCCCGAUGGAUGGUACGCUCAAGAGCCGCGCUUCGUUCCUCGAAAACAGCCUCGGUCCGAAGACGACGGAUGGUUGUUGGUAUAUGCGUUCAAUGAAGCCCAGCUCGAUAGGACAGGAGAAUGCCUUCCAGAUGCUGUGAGUGAGCUGUGGAUCAUUGAUGCGAAGGGUAUGAAAGAAGUGGUCGCGCGGGUCAAGCUGCCACAGCGGGUGCCAUACGGCUUGCACGGCACCUGGUUCAGUGAGGAUGAGAUUAAUGAACAAAGGCCAUUCAUUCAGACAAGGAGGAUGGCGCAGCAAUAGCCAUGGUGCGUUCUAGCACUCGACCAGGCAAUACUCGGGUAUGGAGUGGGCUACUUGAAUGUUUGCGUAUGAUACCAUAGUCUGUAGAAUUUUCGAUGUCAACCUGGACCGGGAAAAGUUGUAUGAUAACUGGCCCGACUCCGUUGUCCGGAUCCCAGUAUGGAGCCGUGUGAGCCAGGCACGGAGGAUGCGUGAGCGAUCACCGAGGCUGAUCAAGUCGGUUGCUUUUGCUGUCCGACGGAGGUAGAAGAGCCUGGACAAAUCGUGGCUGACAAGCACCAUGGGAGAGUAUUCUCUGA